AGUAACUUAAAUAGGCAAGUUAAUGAAGUGAAUUUAAUAACUACAUUGCCUAAAGAUGUAGGAAUAAAAAAAAUCGAUGUUGGCCAGGGAGAAGAUAUUUGGAUUUUAGAUGAUGAUGGUGUGCUUUAUCAUUGGAGCACAAUUCGAAAAGAGAUCGUUACUAUGGCCAAGAGUGUAACUGAUUUUGCUGUCGGAAUGGAUGGGACAGUUGCUGUUAUUACAUCUUAUAAGUUUUUGUACAUUAGAAAUAUGAAUGUUUUGUGGCAAAGAUUAAAUGAAGUGAGAUAUGAUGUUUAUUAUUCUAUCUCAAUUUGCGAUUCCAAUACGAUUUUUAUCACAACCUUUAAUUUAGAUUUAAUUAAAGGGGUUUAUAAUAGUUAUACAAAUACGUAUAAUUGGGAAUAUGUUACUUCUGGUGGAUAUCGCAUUUUCCUUCAAACUUCUUGCGCUUCUCGAGAUCAAUCAUUGUGGUUAUUAGGUCCAUAUUCUUACAUUUCUAGAUAUAUAAGUGAACAUAGACAAAUUGUUCGAUCAGACAUGGCAUUUAUGCAAAUGAAAGCUCUAUCUGAAGAAUACGUAAUCGGAGUUGAUUACUCUAAUAGGUUAUGGGUAUAUUCUUACGGUACUUGGCGUUUAAUAAGAGAUGGUGUUAAAGGCGCGACCAUUAAUUAUAAUGGAGACAUUUUUUUUAUUGAUUCUGAUAAUUUUAUUUUUACCAUCAAAGAAAAUUAAGUUUUAAUAAUAAUUGUGUAAUUUUAUUAUAUUUAUUGAGUUAUAAAAUUUUUGAAUAAAAUUCUCUUUUUCUAAAUAA